AUGGCCUGGCUUUCUGCACUCUCCCUUCUGGCAUUGGGCUCCGUGGCCUCUGCCAGCCAGGAUGCAUUCCAGAAAAAAUGUGCUCAGUUCGCUGAUAAGAUCAACAUACCCAAUGUCCACGUUAAUUUCGCCGAAUAUAUUCAGGGAGGAACCAAUCUUUCCUUGGCCGACAAUCCAUCCACCUGUGAUGCAUCGUACCAAGCAGUCGGUGUCGACCUUUGCAGAGUUGCAAUGGCCGUGAACACGUCCAGCAGCAGUCAAAUCACUCUCGAAGCUUGGUUCCCCCGCGAAUACAAGGGUCGCUUCCUCAGCACUGGAAAUGGAGGUCUUUCAGGCUGCAUCCAAUACUAUGAUCUCGCCUAUACUGCCCAGAUGGGUUUCGCCACGGUCGGAGCAAACAACGGACACAACGGCACCUCUGGAGAGCCCUUCUAUCACCACCCAGAAGUUAUUGAAGACUUUGCCUACCGAUCUGUUCACACUGGAGUUGUGGUCGGCAAGAAACUGACCAAACUCUUCUAUGAUGAAGGUUUCGACAAGAGUUAUUAUAUGGGUUGCUCGACGGGUGGCAGACAGGGAUGGAAGUCGGUCCAGAAGUACCCUAAUGACUUUGACGGUGUCGUUGCAGGCUCACCGGCUAUCAACUUUGUCAACUUGAUUUCCUGGAGCGCGCACUUCUACCCCAUCACAGGGGAUUCAACCUCCGAUACAUUCCUUACUGCUGCUGAAUGGGGGAUCGUCCAUGACGAGAUUAUCCGCCAAUGUGACACGAUUGAUGGAGCGAAAGACGACAUCAUCGAAGACCCAGAUCUCUGCCUGCCAAUCCUCGAGACUCUGAUUUGUCCCAAAAAUGCGACAAACACCACCAGCUGCCUUACAAGCACCCAGGUCAACACCGCAAACCAAGUACUUUCGCCUUUGUAUGGAGAAAACGGCGAGCUGCUCUACCGACGAAUGCAACCCGGGUCUGAGGAGUUAGCCGCAGAAAUCAUGUACAACGGUGAACCCUUUUCGUACAGUCUGGACUGGUUCAGAUACGUCGUUUAUAACAACCCAUCUUGGAGUGGCAAUUUCACCGUAAAAGAUGCCGCAGCUGCGUUAGCUCAAAACCCAUACAACAUUCAGACCUGGGAUGGUGAUCUUUCUCCGUUCCAAAAGAGCGGUGGCAAGGUCCUUCAUUACCAUGGUAUGAUGGAUGCGAUCAUCAGCUCCGAAGACUCGAAAUGGUACUAUUCCCAUGUUUCUGAGGCCAUGGGCCUCCCACCCUCCGAGUUGGACGAAUUUUACCGCUUUUUCACUAUCAGUGGCAUGGGCCAUUGUGGUACUGGAAAUGGCGCGUAUGGUAUUGGUCAGGGUACCAGCACUUAUGCUAGCAGUGACCCUGAGAGCAAUGUGCUUAUGGCCAUGGUCAAGUGGGUUGAGGAAGGUGUUGCGCCCGAGACGGUUCGUGGAGCCAAGUUCGAGGAUGGAGCUGGUACCCCUGUAGAAUACUGGCGCAAGCACUGUCGCUGGCCUCGUCGCAAUGUGUUCAAGGGACCUGGAAACUACACCGAUGAGAACUCUUGGGAGUGUAUUUAG